AUGCAGAAAUCUCACUCCUAUGUGCUCCCUCCAUCCGCUACCUACAAUAAUGUCACCGGUCUCCCUCAUGCCAUGCCAUCGGCCAACCCGGCAGCUGAGCGUCGCGACUCCACCCGCUCGGUCAUGUUGACGGACGUCCCCGCCCUCGGCGACUGCCCAUUAGUAGACGACUCGUCACUCUCGCACCGAAACAGCAUCAGCACCACCGACGGCAUAUCUAACGAUUCGCCCGCCUCGUGGGAUGGCGACGCCCCUUCCGAUAAUUCUCCCUCUGCCGAGGUCGACGUCAAAAUUCAAGACGGCUUACACCAUCCAUUUCCGACGACCGCAAACACCUCGCCCAAAACUUUCCGAUUCAACGUGAUCGCAUCCCACGGCAUAGAGGCGUCCAUGGACGAGGUCACGCCCAAGAUCGAGGAGAUAGAUGAUGUGGACGAGUUGCAAAGCAUAAAACCGGUGGGAGUGGAGACAUCGAUGGCCCAUGCGAGUUCUACCCAUCCGGAUUCCACGGCUGCUCCCGUCAACGUCCCACGGAAACGUGGACGACCGCGCAAACAUCCGCUGCCAGCGCCCGGGAAUCAGAUCAAAAUCACCAAGGGUCGAUCCAAGACGGGUUGUAUCACCUGUCGUCGGCGGAAGAAGAAAUGCGACGAAACCAAGCCAGCGUAA